GUAGAGUUAUGAAAUAUGCUCUGGAAUCGAGAGAUUAGUUGUGAGGAACGGAGUUUAUACAUCAGGAGUUGUCUCUUGCAAGUGCUCUUACCAUUUGAGGUGAGUGCAGAGACGCAUUUGAGGUUUAGUGUCCAUUUCAGCUCAGUUAUGUCAACUCAAUUAAGAAUUGUUGCUGUCAUCUUUUGCUUAGUUUCUUUUUAUCUCGUUACAUCAGAAGCUGAAAAUGACGCCGGUAAUGACACGUGUGAGACAUGUACUCCUUGUCAAUCUUGUCCUGCUUGUUCAACUCAACAACAAGACCUUUUAAAUGGAUCACUUGAAGUAAAUUUUUGCGAAUCUCACUGCUACAGACAGAAAAGAAUACCUCCCCCAGAUGCAUCUUCUGCACAGUCUGAACAAUCUGAUUCUGAGACUUCCGAUUCUGAAAAAUCUGCUUCUGAGGUUUCCGAUUCUGAAGCUUCCGCUUCCGAAGCUUCCGCUUCUGAGGUUUCCGAUUCUGAAGCUUCUGCUUCUGAGGUAUCCGAUUCUGAAGCUUCUGCGUCUGAGGUAUCCGAUUCUGAAGCUUCCGCUUCUGAGGUUUCCGAUUCUGAAGCAUCCGCUUCUCACUCAAGGGAAUGUGAGACUUCUGGAGAUUGUACUCCCGAAAAGCCAGCUCCUGGUACCAUAUGUCCACCACCAAAGUUAGUCCAUUGCUCCCAUUGUUUCGACAAUUAUAAGUGCCCAAAGUGUAAGCCGUGCAUAUGCAAAACACAUCCAGAUCCGAACCAUUGCCCUAAAUGCCCUAAAAAGAAAUGCAAGCCAAAGGUAUACUCCGUUCUUUUUCGUAUUGGAUGGUUACAAGGAGUUCUUCAACCAAAUGUGAUAUUACACUUGAAACCACUUAACCAUAACCAUCAAAUUAAAAAGUCCAUACCUCUUUCAAAUGAUACUGUUGCUCGUCGAAUUGGUGAUACAGCUGAAAAUGUAGUGUCAGCUUUUCUCGAUGUUGCGUGNCGAUUAAUCGGUACUUCGAAAUCAUGA